UGCCUUCUUGGAGGAAGAAUCUCUUCCUUCCUUUCUCUUCUUUCUCAGACCAAACCAUUUUUCCUUCUCUUUGAAACCUCCCAUCUCUCUCUCUCUCUCUCUCUCAUUCAAAUACUCUCUACCCUCUCCCUCUACUUCUGCCUCUGUAAUUUAUUGAGAUCUGACAAUCUUCAUCUCUCUUCCACUCCCUGCCACUCUCAUGGCUAUGAUUUCUCCUUACUCUCAUCAUUCCCACAUUACUCUUAUUCUCAUCCCUUUCUUCCUUCCUUCUUAAAUUUUCGAUCAAACCCCACUUGCUGUUUUCGUCCCUAUAAAUGUUCUUAGCCCCUGAAACUCAAGAUUCCCAGAAACCAUCCCCACCCUCUUAGUUUGUAUGCCCUCCAUGGCUGGUCCUAAGCUUUACGCUCCCUCAAAUCUCACAGCCUUUCUUCAAAACGAAACCCUUCCUUCCCCCUCUCAUGUUCUUGACUCUUUCUUGCUUCACCACUCUGAGCUCUCCUUUCAAGGUUCGAAACCUCUGGUUGAUUUCGAGAAUGUUAGUGGAAGCACAGUCACAGAAUUGCCAUUUUUCCAAGGUCUAGACAAAGAAGAGACCACUGAAGAGGAAUACGAUGCCUGCUUUAAUCAACCAGGGAAGAAGAGGAGGCUCUCGAGCCAACAAGUUCAGUUCCUCGAGAAGAACUUCGCGGUAGAAAACAAGCUCGAACCCGAAAGAAAAGUUCAACUCGCUAAAGAACUCGGCUUGCAGCCGAGGCAAGUCGCUAUUUGGUUUCAGAACCGAAGAGCUCGGUUCAAGACCAAGCAGCUCGAGAAAGACUACGCCACCUUAAAAGCUAGCUACGACAAACUCAAAGGUGACUAUGAUGGUUUAAUUCAGCAGAAUGACAAGUUAAAAGAAGAGGUGAAUUCUCUGAAGAACAGGUUGGUGGGGAGAGAUAAAGCGAAAGGAGAGAAUUACGGGAAGUGUGUUGUCGAUGUUUUGAUCUCAAAUAACGGAGCUUCCUGUGAAGAUGGGUCGAAAGUGGAAAAAGUCCCUACAGUAAUAUGCAAACAAGAAGAUGCUAAUUCGGCUAAAAGUGAUGUGUUUGAUUCAGAAAGCCCACACCAAACUGCAGAUUCGUCCCAUGCCUUCGAAGCUGCAGAUCACUCAGAUUUCUCACAGGACGAAGAAGAUAACCUGAGUCAUCAUAACCUCUUGAGUCUGCCAUGCCUGCCAAAGGUUGAAGAAGAGCCCUGUAACUUCGGAUUCCCAGAUGAUGAAGAUCAACCCUUCUGUUUUUGGUCUUAUUAUGUUAGUAAUUGAAUUAUAUUCCUAGCUGUAACUCUGCACUACAAGCAAUAAGAAUAUUAUCAAUCUAAGUUUGAACAAAAGAUAAUGGGUUUUGCAAAACCCAGAAAACUAGUUCAGAUUAUGAGUAUUUGGUAUUGCAAAAUCGAGAGAGGGGGGGGGGGGGGAGAGAGAUUCCGUGACCAAAACGUUGUUUUCCUCUUUGAAUUUGGAGACUGUCUCUGUGUGUCUAGAAUCUGUAACAACCAUAUGUUGUUGCUAUUGUAUUGUGCUCUGCAAAAAUCUCUCAUAAUUCAACACUCUUCGGUAAUCAUAAUUUACUUUUUA